AGCAGCCAAGCCGAAGCUGCAGAGGGAGCAGCUAGCAGUCUAGCUAUCAUCGAUGGCGAGCCGAAAGCUGGGUUUGUUUGUCGCCGCCGCCGUCGUGUCCGCGGCGGCGCUGAUGCCGCCGUGCGCCGUCGCGCAGCUGAGGACGGACUACUACGCCAGCGCGUGCCCCAACCUGGAGAACAUCGUCCGGGGCUCCGUCAGACAGUCCAUGGCGCAGUCCCAGAUCUCCGCGCCCGCCGCGCUCCGGCUCUUCUUCCACGACUGCGCCGUCACGGGCUGCGACGCGUCGAUCAUGAUCGUGAACUCGAACGGCGACGACGAGUGGCGGCACAGCGACAACCAGUCGCUGAAGCGGGAGGGGUUCCUGACGGUCCUGAGCGCCAAGGCCGCCGUCGACAGCGACCCGCAGUGCCGCAACAAGGUGUCGUGCGCCGACAUCCUGGCGCUCGCCGCCAGGGAGUCCGUCGUCCAGAGUGGCGGGCCGUACUACCUGGUGGAGCUGGGCAGGUACGACGGCCGGGUGUCGACCAGGGGCAGCGUCGUGCUGCCGCACGUCAACUUCAACCUCGACCAGCUCAACGCCUUCUUCUCCGGCCUCGGCUUCAACCAGACCGAAAUGAUCGCCCUCCUGGGCGCCCACACCCUGGGCGCGGCGGACUGUCCCUUCUUCCAGUACCGGAUCGGGAGCGACCCGAGCAUGGACCAGGGCCUGGCGUCGCAGCUGCGCGGCACCUGCGGCGCCAACCCCAGCGGCGGCUUCGCGUUUCUCGACCCCUCCCCGGGGGCCUUCGACAACGCCUUCUACCGGAACCUGCAGGGCGGCAGGGGCCUGUUGGGCUCCGACCAGGUGCUGUACAGCGACCAGAGGUCCCGCGGCGCGGUCGACGGCUACGCGGCCAACCAGGGCGCCUUCUUCGCCGACUUCGUGGCCGCCGUCACCAAGCUCGGGAGGGUCGGGGUCAAGACGGCCGCCACCGGCGAGAUACGCCGCGACUGCCGGUUCCCCAACUAGCUAGCGAGCUCGUUAGUUGCUUAACCUCGAUCGCCGGCCGGGCGGCGGCCAGUCGGCAUCAUUGAUAAUACAUCAUACAUGUACCAUAUGUUACAGUACUACUAGCUAGUAGUCUAUGACGGCUGUAAUUACAAUAAGCUCAUGGUUUGGAUUCAGGGGCCUGAUGAUGUAUAAGCUAGAUACCCUCUCCUUGUGAUUUGCCUUGUGUUUC